UUCCUGCCUUCCCAGAGUGCCCUCUCCAUUCUCGCCUGGCGGGACCUGCUUCUGAGGUAGACUGACACUCCAACAAUCCUAACAAAACACCAUCUUCCAACCCAGUGGAGGUGCCACUGACCCUGUGGAAAAGUGCCCUUUAUAUUCUCAGAGCAGAGCUCCAAGGAAUGGCCCUCUCCCACACACUCACCUGAUCCUAUGCUACUGUGAGGAGAGUUCUGUCUCCAGGGGCACUGGAGGGCUGGUGGGGGGUGGUAUGUAGUGGAAAGUCGGGGCCCCAUCCUGCCCCACAUCUGGAGCAUGUGUUUGGCCCUUUGCACAUGUGCCUGCCCCUGGACCUUAAUUUUCUUUAUCCGUGAAUUGUAGUUGGACCACCACAUGGUCUCCUAAGCCCCUUCUAAUAGCGUGAAAAGGGUGACCUCCUUUAGGAAGUCUCUGACAUUAGGCCAGGAGUAUAGUAACUUGGGAAGCCCCAGGGCUUCAGGAGGACAACUUUCCGUCAGGGGAAAGAAGGCUCACAGGUGUAAGCUUGGGAAAAACUCCCUGCUGGAGAAGGCCCUAUGGGGAAAGGGAUUCUCAUCAAACACAUGCUGGGGUGUCCAUGGGCAGCCAGCCCCCAACCCUGACUUUUCCACUCUCCUGUGACCCGGCUAGGGCAGCCCCUCACAUGUUCCUUGCAAAGACUGGAGUUAAAGCGACUGUGGUUCCCUAUUCUAGGUCAACACCAGUGUCUUCCAAGGACUUAAGAGAGAGCCCUCAACCUCAAAAGGUGUCCACCCCAGGUAGAUUCCAGAAGAGCAAGGGGGGUCCUGGCUCCCUGACACCAUCGGUCACCCUUAGCCAGACGCCCGACUUCCAGCAGGAGUCUCAGCUAGUUACCAAGCUGCACCUGGCCGAGAUAGAGAAAAUGUUUGAGGAGGACAUUGACUCAACUGGAGCCCUGGACAAGAAGACUUUCAUUAAGGCCAUGAAGAAGAUUCUGGGCACUGUGUCAGAUGAGAUGCUAGAGGCGCUGUUUCUGAAGGUGGACACGGAAUGUAACGGCUUCGUCACCUGGCCGAAGUAUGUGGAUUACCUGAUGCGUGAGUUCCAGGGAAAGGAGAUGAUGAAGAGCCAGUACCGCCUGCGCUUCUACCUUCCCAUGAGGAUCAUCCCCCUGAGUCACGGGUGUGAGAUUGUGAAAGUAGAGUUUUUAAUCCAGCGGUUCAAGAAGAUCGGGCAUUUCCUGACUGUCACCAAGGACGGGGUCCUGCAGUCCUGGUCUGAGUCCUUCGCGCCGAUCAGUUCCUUUAAGCUUUACCAGUGUCAGCAGCUCCACAACCAGCAGAUGUGGGUCACCGACAUGGUGUGUCUCCACAACAUGAACCUGGUGGCGAUUGCAUCUACUGACCAGAAGAUAGAGUUCUUUGACAUUAGUAACCAUAAAUGUGUCCGGGCCUUCACCUUCAUUGAUCUGGACAGCUGUGUCCUGGUCAUGGACUACUGGUCUGACUAUCACAGAGGUGUGUUCUGCUACGGGGAUAUCAAAGGCAACGUCAUCGUCUUCACCUCCGACAAUGUGACCAACGGGCUGUUCAACCCUCAGAUCCUCCCCAGGGCCUCCAAAUGGGAUCACUGGAUCAGCGUUUCCAUGCAGACGCUCUUAAACGAGAAGUCCCCUUUGUACAGAAGUUACCGACUGAAGGUUCUCCAUCCCAACUGGUGUCAACAGGUCAAGUUCAUCCCCCAGCUGAACCUGGUGGCCUCCUGCUCCGCCAUUGAGAAGUCCUCUCUGGUGCUGACAGUAUUGCCAUCCAAAGCCCAUGAGAACCCCAAGUUUUCAGUGCUGAACUUAAGAAGAGGGAUUCUUUGCUUUGAUUACUGUCCAGACAAGAACUUGCUGGUGACCGGUGGCUAUGACCCCCUCAUCCGCCUGUGGAACCCCUUCUUUUCGAAAAAGCCUGUGUGGCUGAUGAAGGGGCAUCAGACCUCGGUGACACACAUCCUUGUGAACAGUCAGAAUAGCAGCAUCCUCCUCAGCAUCUCCAAGGACAAGAAUAUCCGCGUGUGGGACAUGCAGGACUACAUAUGCCUCCAGUCCUUCUGCGGGAAGCUGUUUGCCCUGGGAAACUGCCCUAUCACCAGCGCCUACUUCCAUGAGAGUGACAACACCCUCAUCUGCAGCACCUAUUCAAUUGGGAUCCUAAAAGGGUACUUGGAGACCCAGGGGCCUGGGAAGGCAGGGGAGAAGACCACGACCUGCAGCACCCCGCUCUGCGCCAUCCUCUACAGCAAGCUCUUGAAGCAGGUGGUGAGCGGCUGCCUGAGCGGCGUGGUAAGCGUGUGGGAGAUGGAGACGGGCAGGAGGCUGAUGGAGUUCUCCGUGAUUGGGGACCAGUACGUGGAGCUGACCGCCAUGUCACUGGAUGAGUCGGAGCGGUGCCUGCUCACAGGUUUGCGGGACGGAACUGUGAAGAUGUGGAACUACAGCACCGGCGAGUGCCUGCUGACCUUCCCCUACCCAGACCCACUGGAGAUUAGCGGGAUUAUCCAUAUGAACAAAGUGUUCUAUGUGACCGGGUGGAGUAAGAGAAUCACUUAUUUCACGUUCCACAAGACCAAGCCGGUGCUCCUGUGCUACCACUGGCAGACUUUCCACACGGAGGAUGUCCUGAGCAUGGCCAAGUACCAGAACCAGUUCCUUGGGACCUGCUCCUACAGCGGGGACAUCCUCUUCUGGAAUGUCAACAUGUUCAAGCCCAUCCUUAAUUUCAACGCCUCUGAGAGCCCCUUGCCCUUGACGCCCAGGAGGGUGCAAGAAGCGGACGACUGCCUGGCCAAGAGCCACAGGCCUAGCAAACCCUGCGUGGAGCAGAAAUGGGCCCACAAGAGCCCCGUGCAGCCCCCGGGCCCCAGCGCCAGGACCAUGGCCAACGCCAACCUGAGGCGGACCCUGAUGUCAGCGCCCCCGGUGAUGAGACGCCCCAGAGACAAGGAGCCAGACCGGCCUGCGCCCCAGCAGAAGCCUGUCAGCGCCGACAGCCCCAGGCUGUCAAGAAAGUCCCGGGGCAGACUGUCAGCUCUCAGAGAGGCUGAAAAGAGACGAGGGGAAUUCCCGAAGAAGAUGUUGCUGCAAUCCAACGCAUCAGUGGAGAAGAUCAUCUUCCUGCAGACCAGACCUCGCCUGCCAAACACGGCCGCCCUGCUGAGCAGCUGCGUGGACGGCUACAUCUAUGCCUGGUCCAUCCAUGGGAAUGGAGGCCUGCUGGGGAAGUUCCCUGUGGACUUGGAAGACAACGGGGAUGUGAUUGUGGGCGCCAUGACCACUGACGAAAAUGACAGGAUCCUUGUCACAGGGGAUUGUAAAGGGCACAUCAAGAUCUGGGACAUCAAGGAUUACUGCACAUCCACUGACAAGCGGUCGUGCCAACAAAGUGGAACAAAAAAGUUCCGGUUCUUAAUUCCUAAAUGGUGCCAGACCAGCCUCCCAUACCACAUCCCCUUGAAGGAAAAGGAGGUUGUGGCUGGCCAGACCAUUUCCCUGGUCCCCCCCAAGCUUCUGAUUACCUGGAAGGGCCAUUUGGAUAGUGUGGCAGACAUCCUGUACGUGGACAGCUUCCAGCUGGUUCUCAGUGCUGGCCAGGACCGGGACGUCAAGGCUUGGAGACUCACCGGUGAUGCCAUUGGGACGUUCGGCCUGAGUGUUUGGAAAAGGCUGCCGGAUGCCCAGAUGGUUGGCGAUCAUGAACUAACAGAAACCUUAAAAGAGGAAGCUGACUCCAUCGAUGCCACCCAGAAGACCUUCUAUUCAGAGCUGCGGGAGGAGCGGGAUCUUGCAGAGGCCCUGGUGCACCAGCGGCGGGAGCAGGUGGCACUCAUGGCGCUCCUGAACAGAAAGGCGGACGCGGAGGCCGAGGCCUGGGCCAGGCUGCAGAAGAUAAGCCUGACAUCCCCGUGGGCUGGAGAGCGCUCCCCGGAAGACAUCGAGAACAGCUGGCGCGAGUGGGAGUCCAAGGGCAAGCAGGCGAGCAGAGUCGUGGGAGCUGCGUACAAGCCCAGGGAGCGGUCGUGGAGCCCCGAGCUCCUGUCCACCAAAGUACCCUACAGCUGGAUGAAGCACCAGAUCUCAGCUCAGGUCUACCAAAGCCUGCACUUCAAAGAACUGGCGCCCACCCAGCAGACUGACUUCAUGAUGUGCAAGGCCCUAGACCAGCAGGGCCAGCUCAUCUCCAUGGCGACCCACGACAUCCAGAAGGACCUGGAUCCCGACAGGCAGACCACGCCCAACACUACAGCCAGCAUGCCCGCUGCCGUCCCCUCCCCGCUCUCUUCACUUGCCUCGUCAGCCUCAGGCUCCGGCCUCCUGGAGUCCAGCUUGCUCCCCUGCCCUUGGUUCCAGUCCUCCCUUUCCUUGCUGCGGCCCCGGUCGGCCUCCGUGGCCCAGUCCUCCCCGACAGGCCUGUGCCACGUGUCCAGGUAUGCCCCACAGAGGUUGGUGACCGCCAUGCAUCUUGCCCCCUCCCUCAAGCAGCGCUCGAGGCAGCUGAAGGGCCCCCUUCUGUCCUCCGGGCAGAAGGGCUCCCACGUCAGGUUCUGAGGUGGCCCACACUUCUCUCCAGGCCUCCAGCAGGGGGACCAGGCCCGUGGGGGUCCUGUCUGUCCCUGGUUUACCCUCUGCCCGGCCAAGAGGAUAUGGACCUUCCCCUGGCUGUCCCCACUCUGCCUGCCUCCUAAAGUUGACCUUCUUCCCCAGAGUCUUGGAGAAGAAAAUAAAUGUUCUCAGCUGUUGGAGUCCCACAGCCGUGGGGUUGGGCUGUGUGUCCCUCGCCCCCUUCUGCACCAGGCUGUGUCUCCAAGAUUAGGUCACGUUCCCCUGACAAGGCCCUGGGCGGAUGAGGGAGGAGACUCCCCCAGGACACCUGGUGCAGCUGUCUGGCUGGCGACAGGCCUGGGCCCGGGGCAGGGGCUUUGCGGGUCCUGUGGUGACAUGGUGGGUGGGUCACGCCCCUGGGGCGAGCUGUCUGGUUCUGAAACUUGGUUCGGCCUCGCCGUGAGAGUGAGGCCCAGCAGCCGUCCUGAGGUUGUGGCGGCUGUCUGUCUCCUGCUCCUGCUGUGUGUCUGUCCUCCUUCCCAUCAGGCACUCCACCACAGGAAACCCUGCGUUUACAAACUGUUCCAUCGCUCAUGCAGGGGAGGCCCAGAAGUGUGGUGGGCAGCACCCCAGCCUGGCUUUGUCACUGUCUAGCUUUGGAGCCCCCAAUCGUCUCUGGGCUCAUUGUCCCCCCCGGCCCUGAGGUGACCGUCCAGGCCUCUGCUGGGCCCCAGCCCUCUUGGUAGCUCCCCAGCCCAUCCUGGGGCACGUGAGGAAACCGGACACACGGCCUGCCGCCAGUGGAGAGCCCGAGGGCCACUGCUGCUGCGCCACAGUGGCCACGGUGUCACGCUAGGUGGGGCUUGCCGGAGCGGCAAGAAGGUGGGCUGCAGGCCCCGUGUUCUCAGGGGGUCUCUGCAACACUCUAUGUUCCCAAAGAUCCUCCUGCCCAGCCCAAGGCUCAGCCCUGAGGGGGGAAUGUGCGGUUCUCACUCUCUCCGCUCCCAUUUCCCUCUCACACUCCCCAGGGUGCAAGCACAGGGCUCCCUCUCCUUUCUGGCAGGGAGUCCCCUCUGUCACUGGGGCCACCCUAUUCUCUCUGCUAUGGGAAACUAUGACCUGAGCCCUCCAGGGCUUGGUUCUUAGGUUAAGGGGUCAGGGGGCACCCAGGAGCCGUAUUACUGAGGCCCAAAUACCUUUGCAUGUGUACCCCAAUAUGAUCCCUGUAUCUGUUUCCCAGGGCUUCCCUAACAAAGAACCAUAAACCGGUGGCUUAAAACAACAGAAAUGUCUUGUCUCCUGGUGCUGGAGGCCAGAAAUCCAGACAUGGGCAGGGCUGCACCCCCUCGGAAACCGGUCGGGGAGACUCUUCCUUGUGUCCGCGGUGUCUGGUGGAGGCCGGCAGUCCUGGCGUCCCGGCUUGCAGCGGCGGGCUCUGAUCCCUGGCCUCCCCUCGCGUGCUCGUGUCUUCACGUGGUGGUCUCCUCCUUGUGUGGAUCUCUUUUCUUAUAAGGACACCAGUCAUGGGAUUAGGGGCCCACCCUACUCCAGCAUGACCUCAUCUUAACCAGUUACAUCUGCAGCUGCUCUAUUUCCAAAUCAGGUCACAAUCUGAGGUAUGGGGGUCAGGACUUCAACAUGUUUUUUGGAGGAUACAGUUCACGCCAUGCCAAUCCUUAGUUCAUAGAUCCCCUCAAAUGACCCGGAAGCCACACGAGCCUUAGGAACCUACAGUGCAGAAGUGAGGGCUGAAGACGGAUCUUCUGAGCGCAGGGGCUGUGGCUGGGCGGGCUGGCCAGAUGUGGGUCCUCAGCCUGACCCCUCUGGUGGCAGGCCUGGCCCUCUGCCCCCCUCUUGCUUGGUUCUUCUCAGGGGCUACUUGGUACCUUGUUGCAUUUGAGCCUCGCGGCAACCAGAGAGGCAGACUGGGAAGAAUCCUGCAGCCCCCAGCAGAGAGCCCUCUGCGGUGUGUGAGAGCUCUGGCCUGGCUGCCCCCGGGACAGGCUCCCCUCAGAUGAGGUGACAGAUUCCCUCAGGGGCUCUGUCUGUAGGCCAGGGCGGCCCUUUCCCUGGCAGAGCCAUCGAAAUCCGGUCCUGAACAACGGUCCCUGCCCUGGCAGGGGAGGAGAUCACAGAGCAUGACCCCACAGUCCACUCCUCAGCCCACUUUCAGUUGCACCACGUGGGGCAGGUGCUCCGUGCUCACCGUGUUUGUGCUUUGCUUCUCGGCCUGCAGUGGGCAUCUGUGGGGCCUCCCACCUUUGAGAGUCUCAGGAGAUAAGCACUAGGAGGGUCCCCAGGGCUCGGCUGCUCUAACAGGGAAGUGUGAGUUUUCACAUCUAGAAACUGGUAGCUCUGGGACUUGAACCCAGGUUUUUCUCAGCCAAAGCCCUCUGGUCCUCCACUGCAUCCUGCUCUGGGCAGCGUCUCGAGGGGAGGACUCAGGAAGCGGGGAGGUGUGUGGAUAGGGUGGUGGUGAGAGCAG